ACCAGUCAGAGGAGGCCGUCAAUAUUUUGAGGAGGCUGCUCGGUUCACCAGCCCUCAUGAACUGUCUUGUGAACCAAGAGGCUUCUGGAAAUAUCAGGAACCCGGUCAAUAAUGAAAUCAAUGAGAUAAGCUUGUUGUUUAGGCCAAACCAAUACCUAAAUGUUAAUAUGAGGAACGAUCCUACCCCGCCCCUCCCACCCCCGGUGGCUCAACAACUGCAGACACCUGGUUCCAGGCCGCGCGAUUCGGCAACUGGGGCAAGUCAAAAGCAAAGAGAAGUUUGGAGAUGCUUAUGCCAUGUGGGAACAAACUGGUUACACCCACGCUUGGCAAAUGUCAGCAGUUAGAUGCUUCAAUGGUACACAAGAUCUUAAGAAGAGCUCCGCUGUAUAUGAGGCCAUCAGUAUCUCUUGGGCCUGCAAUGAGAGAAGGCUCUGAUUCAAGCACAGAGGAAGAUGACUGGGUGGAAGAGGGGGACAUGGAUGUCCCAGGCACUGCAAUUGCCCAGGCUUCAUGCAGCACCCAUCAAGAAGUCCAAACUUUACCAUCACAACCCACCUCACAAGUGACCAGACCUUUAAUCGUUUUCAAGACCCCAGACCCCAAAUCAAUGUACCAGUCACUGCAACUGCCCAGGCUUCAUGCAGCAACCAACAGGAAGACCAGGCUUCUUCAUCACAGCCCUCUAUGAGUGAACAGAACCCAAUUCAAUGGCAAAAUGAUUAUGGAACAUACAUCAACCUCAUAAAUGAGACAUCAGAUGUAGAUGAUGAUGAUGACCUGUACAGUGCUAUCAUUGCCAGUGUUGAGGAUAAGACGCGGCCAAAAGAACACAUCCCCAUUACUCAAAUUCUGAGUGAACUCAGUGACAAAAUUGAUAACCUGCAAGUGUGCCAGUUCAACAUCAAUCGUUCUGCAGUCCUCGAUGGAGCAAUAAGGGGGUUCAGACGGCUCUCCUAUGACCCAACUAAGAAGAUGUCCGUAAAGUUUUCCGAUGACAGGGGAACCACGGAAGAAGCUGUGGACCUCGGAGGCCCUCGCAGAGAGUUUCUGCGCCUGCUGAUGGAAGCACUGGUAAAGUCAGAAAUGUUUGAAGGACCAGAUGGACACCUCAACUUGGCUCUCAGUUCCUCUGCUGUGCGAGAGGACAGGUAUUUCAUUCCCGGCAGAGCAAUUGCUGUCAGCCUGGUGCAUGGUGGCCCCCCACCAUGUUUCUUCUCGGGAACACUGUUUGCCUGCAUAGCAGAGGAACCUGAUGCAUGCAGGCCUGUGCUAGAGGACAUCGCAGACCUGGAACUCCAUAGAAAACUGAAAGAUGUUUCUGAAGCCAAAACACUGGAGGAGUUGCGACAGCUGACAGAACCGCUUACUGACUACCUGGCCACUGCUGGCUGCUUGAGACAUCUUACAAGCCUGGUUGACAAGGACAAACUGUUGGAAGAUGUUCUGAUGUUUCAGGUGGUUCCGCGUGUCCGUGGUCCCUUGGAAAGACCGGCAAAGCUGGGAGAUAACCUGUCAUUUGCAACAGGAUGCAACGUGAUGCCACCCAUCGGGUUUUCUCCUAAACCCUCAGUGGAAUUCCAGAGAGGGAGAUACCCGAUAGCAAACACAUGUGUAAACUGUCUUAUACCUCUUCAUCGAUCCUAUGAGGAUUUCAAAAGUAACAUGGACUUUGCAAUCCGAAACACUCAAGCUUUUGGAAUGGAGUAAACAUCCUUAUUGACAGUUCUUGGUGAAAACCAUCAGUUCAGGUAGCCUAGUACUCACAAUUCUGACAUCUGUUACCUGCAAAUGUUUGUUUUGUUUCACAGACCUUACAGCAACUUUAUUUAGAAUAUUGACAUAACAACUUGAAUUUCA